CGUGGCUGGCUGUAACUCUCCACGUCUCAGAGGCAAUUGUUUCGUCGAACUCUCCUUGGGUUUUACUAGGAGCUAUUUAAUCGAUCGCGGUGUGGAUCGACGCUAACAAUGUAGUUAACGUUAACUAAUAAUGUAGAUUCACUCCCCGCAGCAAUUGGCCCAAUGCUUCUCCCCCAGAACCUCCUCGUCUCACCAAACCAUGACUGAGUGAAGAGAUGGCUGCCCAUUGAAGAUAACUACUCUCUGUAUCCCCUCUUCUGCUCGUCAGCAAUAACCAUACCCGACUUCUAUUUCCACUUGAAAACCAUAUCGCUGCAAUAGCUGCUCCAAAAUGGUACGGUGGGCCAGUCUGUUUAGUUCUGACGGUCACCGUCGAGCUCAUCGGGAGCUCCAUGAAGGCCGCAGAUUGCUCCCUGUGCGACGCAACGAAGCCUUGCCACCAGCGUUGCCGGCUAAGGAGGUCACCAAGGUCGCCCUCCGCUUGAAGUACCAGAUCGAACAGGUUAUCUCCUGCGAGCUCGACGAAGAUGCUGUGACCAAGGCGAAUAGCAACGUUAUCACCAAGGCCGUGAUCCAGACCGCACGCGAAGCGGGUGGCGAGGAGCACAAGGCAUGCGUGGUGUACUGCCUGCUUGUCUGUCUGCGAUGGUUCAAGCUGCAAGCACUAGCAGAACUCUGGGACUCAGAUCUCCAUCAACUGAGAGCUGUGGCCUGCGAAAUGCUCGCGAAGAGAAUAAUCGAAGCUGAAGAAAACCAAGACUACCUCAUGCACGAUGUGCUCUUGAAACGCUACUCGAUGUGCAUUGAUGGAGAAAAUACCCCUCCCGUCAACGCUGUCGAACGGGCGGUUGAUCUUCAUGCCUUACGAGUAAUUGGGUCCUCUGGCUACCAGAAAUGCAUCAAGUAUCUCUGGCAUGGUUGGCUGUGCCAGGACGAUAAAGACCCUUCCACCUUCAUCGAAUACCCAGAAAGAGUCAACACACAUUACUGGUCACACGUCAACCCUGAUAGACUGAGAGCCCCAAUCUAUCAGAAUACGGUGCAGAUAUUCUUCUCUCUGUUGUACCUGGUCCUAUAUACGAUCGUGAUAAACACGAUCAAUCCAUCUGGUGAUCUUGAUGUCGUCGAGGGACUUCUCUAUAUCAUGACACUGGGCUUCGUAUGCGAUGAGAUUACCAAGUUUUGGAAAGUAGGGCGCUUCUACUUUGGCUUUUGGAACGCCUUCAAUUCCACUCUCUACAUUCUGCUUAUCGUCUCAUUCAUCCUACGCGUCGUCGCCCUCACACACUCGCCAGAUAGCAGUGACGCUGAGAGAAUGAGGUUCAAUGCGCUCAGCUAUAACUUCUUAGCCUUCUCAGCCCCGAUGUUCUGGGGCCGGAUAUUGCUCUACCUAGACACAUUCCGCUUCUUCGGCGCCAUGCUCGUGGUCCUGAAGGUCAUGAUGAAGGAGAGUUUGAUAUUCUUUGCCCUACUGGGAGUCGUCAUCGUUGGAUUCUUGCAAGGGUUCAUGGGAAUGGACCAAGCUGACCCCCAGAACGCCAUGACCCCUUCGAUUAUUCUCCAGGGAAUGGCAAACAGUGUCAUGCAAAGCCCGGAUUUUGGCGUUUUCCAGGAAUUCUCGGCCCCCUUUGGUAUUCUACUAUAUUACUUCUUCACCUUCGUGGUGAUGGUCAUCCUCCUUAACAUCCUCAUUGCUCUAUAUAACAGCGCAUACGAGGAUAUCACCGGCAACGCUAUAGACGAAUACAUGGCCCUAUUCGCACACAGAACUCUGCAAUUCGUCCGCGCCCCUGAUGAAAACGUUUUCAUAGCACCUUUCAACUUAAUCGAAAUCUUCCUCCUCAUCAUCCCCUUCGAAUGGUGGCUCCCCACAGCCCGCUACGAGCGCCUAAACCACUACGUAAUGGGCGUGAUCUACUCUCCCUUGCUCCUCAUCACCGCCCUGGUCGAGACGCUGAACGCCAGACGUAUCCGCCUCAACCGCCGCCUGGGCGAAGAAGAUGACGACACGGUCCAGGAAUGGGAAGAAGCGGCACAGGACCUGCUUAUGGAUUUCCAGGCGGAGAAUUGGGAUCUGAAGGUUUCGGAGACGAAGCCGAAUGUCGAGCUUGACCCGUGCGUGUUGGAGGUUAGGGAGUUGAAAGGGCAGGUUGCUGAGUUGAUGGGUGUGGUUAAGAGGUUGAAGGAAGAGGUGGAAGGGGUUAGACGUGGUGGUGGUGGCGGCGGUGGGGCAGUUGUUAAUGGGGUUGAUGAGGUGGGUGGAAACGAGGGGAGUAGCGUGGAUGGAAAUGGAGGAGAUACGGAGGUGGUUAAUGGGGAGGAAGGGACCGCGGCAGAGACAGGAGGGGAUACAACAGGGGAACCACAAGAAUGAUCUUGACUUCACUGCACUACUCGGAAAGACCUUGUUGCCCUCUUCCCUACACCUGCCACGGUACACCGUAUCUGAAGAAGCCGUUGGAUGUGUUCUGCCUUUAACUGCGUUAAUUAUUUGUCGUCUUUUUGCUCUCCGAGGUGGCCUUGAGGCGGAUUUUGUCUUUCCGGAUUUUCUAUUAUGACUUGUUGUAUGCCCAAUUUGUUUGGAUACGGGGUGGCUCUCUCCUUGUCGGCCCCUCCGGCAUGGCCAAUGAUUAUGUUUUUAUCGUCAUUUGGGCUCCGCAUAUGCUAUCAGUCUGCUUGCUUUGGCUUUUGUCCCUUCCUUUCUUCCUAUUGGUUCAAUAUAUGCUUCGCUAGGGGCCGGGGGUUUGGUGUGGUGUUGAUCCCAUAUACACCAGCCUGAGUAUACCCCCGCGUGUGGGACUCUUCUACACACAGCGAAUGGCGAAUCACACUAUCCCACAGAGCCAAUAUUCAUGCUACAGACAUCAAUUUCAUAUUAAGUGAUAUGUAUGUGCAUAGGUAUGGAAGGGGAAAUCAGAAUACACAUAUAUAGUAACACCGAUAAGUAACUCCCGCUAGGUCGAUGCGCCCAAGAAUGGAAAGAAAAGGCAGAUACAUAUAUGACAAGCAAUAGCUAGCCUCCUUGUCCAAAAAUAAAUAGACGAAAGAAGAACGCCAUUGGUUCCCUUCAACGGAAUGCGUAACCUCCGGCACCGUGUCUAUAUAUCCAAAAAAAAAAAAAAAAAGGAAAAAGAAGGCAAUCCAAAAAGGACGUAAGACUGAUGGGAAACAAAUGGUAAGAUAACAAAACCAGGCUAAAAUAGGAAAAGGAUGGCAUCGCUUUGAUGUUGUCGUGGAAUUUGCGCCAAAGAUGUCAUAAAACUCAGAAAUAAGAAAAGUCGUUGCGUUCGCGUCGUUUCAUCAAUUUGGAGGAUAGGAAAAGAGUCUCGAGAAUAAAUACGGUCGAUCGGGACGGAUGGUGGAUGAGGGCGCUGUGCUGUCCGGCGAUAGUGGCAUUGAGCCUAGGUUGAGUCGGGGAUUAUAUUAAAAUUUGACAAUUGAGUUGAUAUAAAUCAAGUCAUCCACUUCAAAAAAGGAAAACUUGCGGUUUCUUGAGGUGUGCAGCAGAAAAGGUAUAUAUAAAAAUGAGGUACGGUCUCGCUUCAGGAAAUUUGGCCGGAAUAUAGUCCUUCAAAGUCCAACUGGCCAAUCAUUCCAUUAACGCGAUCAAUCUCUUUACUGAGGUCCUCGGCAUUUUGAGCAAGGCUGCUUGCCUCAUCGUAUUUGCGUCUGCGGUAGGCGUCAGCGAUCAUUUCAGUUACGAAGAACUUCUGCUCCUCAAGCACGAUGAGGCGUUCGCGGAGAGAUUUUUCUUCCGUUUCAAGUGCGGAGAUCGCGCUGCUAUUGUCGCUAGCUAGACUAGUAGUGCUAUUUACACUAUCUCGGUUGCCGUAUCUUAUUGCGGCGAGAGCGCUGGUGCCGCCGUUCAUCGUUCCGGUGUUGGUAUUAGGGAGAAGCUUGCUACCGUGGGGAGUUGCAUGUUUAAGGACUUUGGGGAGUGAUUUUAAGGGAAGCAUAUGGAGAUGUAGGAAAUUCGUGGCUUGAUGGUAGAUAGCUUUCUGGAGCUUGGCCUGUGUUGGAGAUUGUGUUGGCAGGUCGCGUAUUCGUCUGGCGGCAACGUCAUACUGAGCGAAGGAAUCCAUCAGGCGCCUACGAACUUUGGAGGCAUCGGAAAGCUGGGUAGGGGACGGGGUUUUGUCCGGGUCUCUGUAUUGGGAAAUUAAGUGAUGAGACUACUGGGAAGGCCUUGGAGUGGUGGGCUAAAACUAACUGUAAUGCGGAAAGCAAUUUUUGGAAUCUUGGCAAUAGCAACCGAAUGCCUUUCUCAAAUUGUACCAGAUUCUUAUAUGCCCGAAGAUCCGGGGGCUCUUUAAUGAGGUCUUGGGCAACAUCUCUUCGGUCAAAUAUAGUAGAUUUACACUCUUUACAAAGACGAACGUCAAUGUUGAUUUUUUCGUGGGUCGUCGGCGGUUUCUCUGAAACUUGAAUGUCUUCCACUGAUCAGUACGAGUGAAACAAAGCUGGGAUCAUUAAACAUACUUGGAGAAAUUUCUAAGCCAACUUCGG